AUGAGAUACGGACUGGUUGUCCCUGCUGCUGGAUUCGCAGGUUUGCUCAGUUUUUGCCUCCUCGCUCUGGCUAUUGGGACUGAUUACUGGUAUAUCAUCGAUGUGAAGAGAGACAACCACACAGGUCCCGACGACCUGAGUUCACACUCUGGACUGUGGAGAAUUAUUGAAGGAGCAAACAGCAGCUCAGUCAUCCCCUCUUUCACUGCAAAUAUGUCCAGCCUGUCGGAGGCAGAGAGGCACCUUCUUGGCUUGCAUAAGGUGGUGGUCAUCUUGCUGCCCCUCAGCCUGGUCCUGCUGGUGUUUGGGUGGAUCCUUGGACUAGUCAGUUCGCUGGCCUGUAGCCCCAGCUUGCUGGCUGGAUCAUCAUCAUACUUCCUCUUCUGCAGUCUUUUCACUCUCACUGGAGUCAGCUUCUACAUCAAAUACUCCAACCAGGCUAUGGAUGUGUUCCAGCAGAUCGUGUCUCCGGAGAUCCUGGCCAAUGUGGACGUCUCCUUCGGCUGGUCCUUCGCCUUAGCUUGGCUCUCCUACAGCCUGGAGGUUGCCGCCGGCCUGCUGCUCAUGCUGGCUGCCAGGAUAAUUCAGACAAAGGGGCGCUAUGACUCAGGCGUAACCGUUGCCAUGUUAUAG